AGUAAAUGUCAAAUUUUGUUAUGAAUUGAUAAUCUUGGUUCUUGUUGGGGAUUCUACAAUUUAUAAAACGUCUUAUACGAACAUAAUAAUUUAAAAUCAUUCAAGAAAUAUACUUAAAAGCUCCAAAAUGAAUAGAUUAUUUGGUCGAGGAAAGCCAAAAACCCCAGGGCCCAGUAUAACAGACUGCAUAAGCAGUGUUGAUGCACGAGCUGAUAAUAUAGAACAAAAAGUCCAAAAACUAGAUGCUGAGCUAAGAAAAUACAAAGAUCAAAUGGCUAAAAUGAGAGAAGGUCCUUCUAAAAAUUCUGUCAAACAAAAGGCUAUGAGGGUAUUGAAGCAAAAGAAAAUGUAUGAGCAACAAUUGGAAAACUUGAGAUCCCAAUCAUUUAAUAUGGAGCAAGCAAACUAUGCAACACAAACACUAAAAGAUACACAUGCAACCAUCUCUGCUAUGAAGGAUGGCGUGUCCUCGAUGAAGAAGGAAUUUAAAAAAAUUAAUAUUGACGAUAUUGAUGAUGUAAAUGAUGAAUUGGCGGAUAUGUUGGAACAAGCUGAUGAAGUGCAGGAGGCUCUGGGCCGUCAGUAUGGCAUGCCAGAGAUUGAUGACGAUGAGCUAGCAGCUGAGUUGGAUGCACUUGGCGAUGAGAUAGCAUUAGAUGAUGAUUCAUCUUAUCUGGAUGAUGUUGUGAAAGCUCCCGCAGCCCCGGAUAAGGAGCCUGGAGUAGACAGCAUCAGGAACAAAGAUGGUGUGCCUGUUGACGAAUUCGGUCUGCCACAAGUACCAGCCCAGACCUCUCGCUAGGAUUAGUAAAGACUAUGUGAUGGUUCAACCCUAAAUGGUUAUGGUGAUAUCAAGUAUAUGGAAGUCUAUAGUAAUUUGGACAUGGUAACAAGUGUUUUGCAAGUUUUAUCAAUGCUUUGAUGCUUAUGAAUACAAUUUUUUAUAUAUCGCAGGGCACAGGUGAUCCUCUAAAGUAUGAAAAUAAUUGUAAACUAUUAUCCUUUGAGACCAAUGAAGUUAUUAUAUAUAAGAAGAGCUUCCCAAAUUACCAGAACCUUUGGGGUCGGUUAUAGACAAUCACAUAGUCUUAAUUGUUAUAAGAUUUACUAAUUACACAUUAUGUUAUGUUUAUAAUAUUAUAUUGACACAAAAAUGUAUUUAUAACAGUAUGGUAUUGUUUGAAAUUUCUGCCUCUUUUUUUUUAAAUAGUCGAAGAAAAUUGCAAGUAAAUAGGAAGUAUAUAUAUUUUUUUAUAUCAUUAAGAUUUCUGAUUUGUAGAAUUUUGAAUAGAUAAAAAUUUGUGGUUGUAUUCUUUUUGUUUUACAAAUAUAUGUAUGUAAAUUUUAAUAAUAAGUUAGAUAUAUGGUAUUGCUUUUUACAAUAAAUAUAUUUAAACAUAAAAUUAAAAGCACUAAGUAGUAUUGUAGUUGUCAUACAGAAUUGUGUCAUUGUAACGCUCUCAGAUUUGUACAUAAUGAAAAUUUGUAAAAUUUCAUUAUAUCAAAAAAAAAUUACUCUAUGUUACUUUAUACACGAGCUAAUAUUAUUGGAUGUUUAAUAAAGAAUAUGAUUUUAUA